AUGGAGACCCAGCGUGCUUUCUCAUCCUACCGAAAGCGUUUCGGUACCCCUGGCAGCUCCCCAUCUGUGGGAGUCGCCAGCCGUCUCAGCACGGGCCGAAUGUCUCUCCAAAGUAGCCCGCGCCACCUUACUUCCAGCCCUGUCAUCACAUCUCGCUUGUCCCUGGGUGGGGAGCGUCUGGACUUCCCAGCCGACUCCUUGCUGAAGGCCCAGUACCGCGAGAAUCGCACCAAUGAGAAGGUGGAGAUGAUGGGGCUGAAUGACCGCUUCGCCAGCUACAUUGAGAAAGUGCGCUUCCUGGAGCAGCAGAAUAAGAUACUGGUGGCAGAACUGAACCAGCUGAGGGGGAAGGAGCCUAGUCGCUUGGGCGACAUCUACCAGGAGGAGCUGAGGGAGCUGCGCAGGCAGGUGGAUGGCCUCAAUGCUGGUAAAGCCCGAAUGGAGAUAGAAAGAGACAACUUGGCCUCAGACUUGGUCACUCUUAAACAGAGACUUCAAGAUGAGACUGCCCUACGGCAAGAGGCAGAACAUAACAGCAACACCUUCAGACAAGAUGUGGAUGAAGCAGCUCUAAACCGCAUGCAGAUGGAGAGGAAGAUAGAUGCUCUGCAGGAUGAGAUCAAUUUCUUGAAGAAGGUCCAUGAGGAGGAGAUGAGGGAGCUGCAUGAGCAGCUGAUGGCCCAACAGGUUCAUGUGGAUUUGGAUGUGUCUAAGCCAGACUUAACUGCUGCAUUGAGAGACAUAAGAGCUCAAUUUGAGACCAUGGCCACCUCUAAUAUGCAGGAGACUGAGGAGUGGUAUCGCUCAAAGUUUGCUGAUCUGACUGAUGCAGCCAGUCGGAAUGCAGAGAUUUUGAGACAAGCAAAGCAGGAGGCCAAUGAUUAUCGUCGACAGAUACAGGGCCUGACCUGUGACUUGGAAUCUCUUCGUGGGACUAACGAGUCCCUGGAGCGUCAAAUGCGAGAGAUGGAGGAACGUUUUGCCCUAGAGUCGGCUGGUAACCAGGAUACUAUAGCUCGUCUGGAGGAUGAGAUACAGAUGCUGAAGGAGGAGAUGGCCAGACACUUGCAAGAGUACCAGGACCUGCUAAAUGUCAAACUGGCCCUGGACAUAGAAAUUGCCACCUACAGGAAGCUGCUUGAAGGAGAGGAAAGCAGAAUCACAGUUCCGGUGCAGAACUUCACUAACUUACAGUUUAGAGAGACCAGUAUGGACUCUAAGCUGACUCCAGAGGCACAUGUGAAGAGGAGCAUAGUCGUGCGAACUGUUGAGACUCGGGAUGGGGAGAUAAUUAAAGAGUCAACUACGGAGAGGAAGGAUUUGCCGUAAUCAGUCUCAGGAACGGGAUUGGCUGCAUUGAAGAGUACAGAUUAAUGGCACAGACUUAAUUAACCCUCACUAAUACUUCCUGGAUGUUGUGAUCAAAACUAAUCACUUUCACAUGUCUGAGUCCUUUUCAAACUGCCUUGCUUUCUGGUGUUCUGUCAUUUACUUAUGAACAACCGAGUAAUUAGGGCGACUAUACUGUCCUCUAUAGGCAAAACACAGUAACUACAACAACACUGAAAUGGGGUAAAAUGGCUUCAGUGGCACGUGGUUUUAAUGUGGAUUUUGUAGCUACUGCAAUUUACACUUUGAUUUUUCUGAAUCUGUGCAUAAUUGAGCCAAACCUGUCUGUCACAGAACAGAUCAUAGUCUAAUUUCAGUCAUAUUUCAGUUAUGAUAAAAUGUGUAGUUACUGUGAUUUGCUUUUGCCCAAUCGGACAGCAUGAGCAGAAAAAACAGGGCUUUUUACUGCUUGUAUCACUUUUGCUUUAUUCUCUCUCUCUUUAUCUCUCUCAGUGUUGUGGAAAGAGUCUUAGUGUGAGAGUAGACUAGUUUAUCUCUUGCUGUGCCAUUGUUGGAUGGAUGGAAGAAGUUCUGGUCUGAACAAGUAGUAGUGGUGGGUGGGCGGCAUAGUUGAGCAAUAGCUUUUGUCAAGCACAAAUUUAGAGAAUACAUUCAGAAAUGUAAAUGCAGUCUUUAAGGAUUAUGUAAUAGAUGAAGAAGAGCUGGAUUUGGAAAUGGUAGUUUUAAAUGGUCAGUGUUAAAGUAAGGCAGAAGGGAACUGUUAAAGCAGGAUUUUAAGGGGAUGGAUUUGUCAGUGGUGCUAUUUGAAACUUUUAUCCCACUUUAAUGAUCGUGCCCCUCAUAAUGAAAUCACGUCAUUCUAAAACAGUGGCUAAUUAAUCUCUUUGGGCCCAGGUUAAAGAUGCUUUAAAAAUCCAGUGAAGCACUUGAUUGAAAGCUGUUGAAAUCUGAUUUAACAUAUGGUAAAUUCUAAUCAAAUUUGAAUGUUCACUGACAGUAGUGUCUUACUAUCAGGGCUGUAGCAAGGUAAACCUGAAUGUACAAUACACUGGGCCCUGUUCCUAAUAAAACGUUUAGAAUUUGUUGUGGGUGGACCUUCGGGCCCCUAGAAUCGUUACUACCUUUCACCCCACUAGCUACGGCCCUGCUUACUAUUCUCUGUCUCUUACUGAACCCAUGUUUACAUACACAUCUACUCACAUAGUGUUAACCAUCAUGUUAACUUUUUUGUCUUUUUGACUUAUUGUGAAAAAAUACUGUUAAUUAACAUUGAUCUUUUUAAUCCAAGAGGGCUCAUUUUAACACCACUCUUGCCUAUUGAAUUUAGGAUGUCACUUCAUUGUUGCAGUUAAUAGCAAUAAAAAACACUU